CAAGGGAGCCAUGAAUACGUCCGCAUCGCCGCUUCAUAGCCUACACGAGCACUAUGUGCUUCUGGCUGAUCCCCGAACGCGGACGUGGUUUUUCAUGGGCAGCCCCUUACCCGUGAUGGCUGUCAUCGGGCUCUACCUAUUUUUCGCCACUCGUGUUGGACCCUGGGUCAUGAAGGACCGUAAGCCUUUAAAUGUGCGCAGUAUAGUAGUCUUCUACAACGUGGUCAUGAUGGGACUCAGCGUCUACUUCAUCUACUUCGCUCUCUCGUACGCCUCCAUGCGGAGGCCCAACCAGAGCGUCUUUUGCUGGGCAUCGGACCCUCGACCGACGGAGGACAACAUGUUUUUCCUGACCCGUGCGUGGUUCUACAUGCUCAUGAAAGCCGGCGAGAUGCUGGACACUCUCUUCUUCGUGCUGCGCAAGAAGACGAACCACCUAAGCUUCCUGCACCUGCUGCACCAUUCUUUAGCUCUGUGGUCCGUGUGGUUAGUGUUGACGCUCGGCAUGACGGGUCACGUGUUCUCGUUCCCGCUACUCAACUCUGCCGUGCACGUUGUGAUGUACGGGUACUACGCCCUCGCCGCCCUUGGACCAGCCCUGCGGCCAAAUCUCUGGUGGAAGAAGUACGUCACCCUGUUCCAAAUUGCGCAGUUCGUGGUUUUAUCUCUUCACGCGCUAAUACCAGUGAUCCAGGACUGUGGCAUAUCCAGGAUACUAGCGUUCGUUGGCGCGCUGGAAGGACUACUUUUUGCUUCACUCUUUUCAGACUUUUAUGUGAAGACGUACGUUCGUAAGAGUGCAAUUAAAUGAUGCUUCUGCGAAAUAGUACUUUAAAGAAA